CGGGCACACUGCGACUAUAUCAUCGUUGGAGCUCAUUUUAUUUGUUUUUGAAAACGAAUAAUUGCCAGGAACAGCAGCGCCAAUAACCACUUGCACCUGCAUCGUAGGAGCCCCACCUGUUGACCCCACUGCGGAGACAAUCGAAUCUAUGUCGAGUUUACAGCGCACGAUGCUGAAGGGCAAGCUGCCACCCACAAUUCCUAGCGGGCGCAUCGGCAGAGCGGACUCGUUUAAGAAGUCGCGCAUCAGGGACUACAAGCCGGGCCUGUGGAGCGAGUUCUUUGCGGAGAAGGACGACGUCCAGGUGGACGAGCAGCGCACCUUCCGGAUCUACCGCACCAAGCAGCCGGAAAAGCCGGGUCCGGUGCUCCUCCUGCUCCACGGCGGUGGCUACUCGGCGCUCACCUGGGCCCACUUCUGCACGGAGGUAACCAGCAUGAUCCACUGCCAGUGCCUGUGCAUCGAUUUGCGCGGACACGGCGACAGCAAGGUGGACGACGAGGACGAUCUCUCCGCAGAUACGCUGUCCAAGGACAUUGGAGACUUAAUCUUGAAGCUCUACCCCGAGGAGAUGCCGCAGCUCUUUGUGGUUGGACACUCGAUGGGCGGCGCCAUUGCCGUCCACUUUGCCCACAUGGCUCUGGUGCCCAAUUUAAUUGGCAUAACCGUCAUCGAUGUCGUAGAGGGCACUGCCAUGGAGGCACUGGCCAGCAUGCAGAGCUUUCUGCGCUCCCGUCCAAAGUAUUUCCAGAGUAUUCCGAAUGCCAUUGAAUGGUGCAUCCGGAGUGGCCAGGUGCGCAAUGUGGACAGCGCCAAAGUGUCCAUGCCCGGGCAGAUAAUCAACUGUACAACGAACAAACUGGCAACGAAUGAUCUGCCAUUACCCGAUGAAGUGCUGGAGGAGGCGCACCACAACAGUAUGUUUCCCAAUCCGUUCAGCAUUUCGGAGGACGAGGAAUCGUCACCGCCGGGCGAUGAAGCCGCCGAUGGCAGUCCAGAAAGCGCUGCAGCUGGGGCCGACUUUAAGAAGCCCAUCACGACCAAAUCGAUGACCGAAGCGGCCAAAAAUUACACCUGGCGCAUUGAUUUGUCCAAGUCGGAGAAGUACUGGGUGGGCUGGUUCUCGGGCCUGAGCGAUAAGUUCCUCAACUUGCGCCUGCCCAAGCAACUGCUCCUCGCCAGCAUCGAUGGCCUCGACCGCACCCUAACCGUUGGCCAGAUGCAGGGCCGCUUCCAGAUGCAGGUGUUGGCCCGCUGCGGACACGCCGUGCACGAGGACCGUCCACACGAGGUGGCCGAGGUGAUCAGCGGCUACUUGAUCCGGAAUCGCUUCGCGGAGGCUGCCAGCGAGUUCCGGUGUCACAUGCCGUCGUGCUAAACGAACCACCCCCUUGAGCACAAGCUUAGGUCACAAAAGUCUAUUUUUGAAUGGAGUAACAUUACUCUUUGAACUAACAGAUGCGUGCAUAUAUAUAUAUACAAAAUGUAGUGCGUAGGUCCAGAUACAUAUAUAUAUAUAUAUAGCCGUUUAUUCUAUAUACACAUAUACUUAUAAUCCAGUAAUUUAUUCGGUAUUUUUAAUUAAACCUUAUGAAUUUUUAACAUUGUACUUUAUACUCAUUUUGCCAAAAUCUAAAGUCAAAAGUGCUUGCGUUUGGGCUUCUUAUAUUGUUAUAAUGAGUGUGUAUUAAAUAUGUGCCAGAUUAAAAGAAAAUUUAAUGAAAUCCAAAUUAUACGAAUACAAAUAAGUUGAAUAAAGCUAUUUAUUAAUCGAGUGUUAACAGUAAAUCUCACAAAAUUCGAAUAAAUCUUGAAAUUUA